UAGGGGCUUGCCAUUUAAAAUUAUGAAAACUAUGGAAUUGGAUGGAAGCAGCAGUUUAAUGGCUCCUGAAGGAUCUGGAUCAGUUCCAGCAGAAUAUGUACAAGCAAGGAGACAUACAGGUGAAGGUACUGUUGUACCCUUUUUUCUGCUAACCUCUAGAUGUAAAUUGCAGACUUCAAAAGUGAAGGUUUACUAUAAAGGGAAGUUUCCAGUCUCCACGUACAAAGAAAAGCAUCUUAGUAUUCAUAAUUAUGGUUAUAUCAAUUAUACCAGCCAUCCUGGGAUAAAAGUAGCAUUCAUAUCUUUGUUUUGGGUUUUUUUUAAUUUUUUAUGGAAAUUAUGACGUUUGUGUGCUUUUGGAUAUUUGAUUAAAACUUAAUAUGGAUACUAGCACAAGAAUAGUGUUUCUAGUAUGCACAAAGAGAGCAUGGGUCAUAAAAAAUUUAACUUCCAUGCCUGAUGAUGGGAGGAACUUGGAGAUCGAAUGGGUUAAUAACUAGUCAAGUAAGGAGGGUAGGCAUCAAGUUCUUAUGGAUGGCUUGGUUACUCUUAGUAUUGCAUUGAAUUUGAAGUAUAAUAUAGGACUUUUGAUGAAUGGUUUGAGCCUAAAUUUUAACAUACUUGGAAAUGGUAUCUUGAACCCUUGCUACAUGGUUGCAUCACACGCUCCUUCUUCCAGUCCAGUCAUCUCUGUCUUCUGCCUAUGGUAUAUUUGAGCUCCGAUUGGCACAGUAGACUUCAGGGUGCUAGUAUAUGCAAUCAUGUUAAAUGACCACAGGAAAGGUGGAUAGUUGGUAUAAUAAGAUGCGAAGCUUGAUCUUGUGAAAACGCAUUCCUUUUCUUUUUGGGCCUUCGGAUACGUGGUUCAUCUUCGAUAUGUUUGAGAAGUAGGCAAUGAACAAGACAUUUGACAAACCGUUUUAUAGUUCGUUGCUUUAUUUACAAAUGUUAGGGAAUCAUUAUAAUUUGGUCUCUUACAUGCUUUAUUCUUUUAUCGUUAUUAUUGUUGGCAAUUAAGUUUAGAGUUUGCGACAACCUUCCAAGCCAAUUUUGUUGACUUUUUUCUCUUCACUUGAUGUAUUCUUGUAAACACUGCAAUUUUUACAUUAAAUGCAGCCUAUUAUCGUUUUACACAACAGAGCCUUCCAGCUUGUAAGCCUGUGUUGACACCUACAUGGGUUAUUUCUGUUUUUCUUUUAAUGGGACUUCUUUUCAUUCCUGUUGGGGUUGUUGUCCUUCAUGCUUCUCGCAGUGUUGCUGAAAUUGUAUACAGAUAUGAUACUGAAUGUGUACCUGUGUCAUAUAAAAACAAUAUGGUGGCGUAUAUCAAAGAUAGUUCAGCUCCUAAACUUUGUUCCUUUCCCUUAAAGGUCAACAAGACUAUGAAAGCUCCAAUUUACAUCUACUAUCAACUAGAUAACUACUAUCAGAACCACCGAAGGUAUGUCAAAAGUAGAAGUGAUAAGCAGCUCUUACAUGGACUGGCAUACAACGAUACAAGUUCCUGCAAACCAAUCCAGUUGCAUAAUGGUCUUCCAGUUGUCCCUUGUGGGUUGAUAGCAUGGAGUUUGUUCAAUGACACAUACAGGUUUGUCCUUGGGAAAUCUGAAUUGAAGGUGAACAGGAAGAACAUUGCUUGGGAAAGUGACCGUAAACAUAAAUUUGGAAAGCACGUAUAUCCUUUUAACUUCCAAAAUGGAACCUUGAUUGGUGGUGGAAAUCUAGAUCCAAAUAUUCCUUUGAGUGAUCAUGAAGAUCUAAUUGUCUGGAUGCGCACUGCUGCUCUUCCAAGCUUCAGAAAGUUAUACGGUAGAAUUGAAGAGGAUUUGCAUGCUGAUGAUGUUCUAGAUAUCAAGAUAAUGAACAACUACAACACUUACAGCUUUGGAGGUAGAAAGAAGCUUGUUAUUUCAACAUCAAGCUGGUUAGGGGGAAGAAAUGAUUUCCUUGGAUGGGCCUACAUUUUUGUGGGAUCUUCUUCGCUCAUGAUUUCUAUAUUCUUCACGUUGCUACACAUGAAAUCGAGGCCCUUCAUGGAAACAAACUUUUCAUCUAGGAAUAAAAGAAGCAGCUCGGCCUCGGAUUAAUGAUAUAUUACUGUGAGAAACAUCAAGGAACUAGAGCCAGUUAGUUUCAUAGAGAGCACAGGCUUCUUUAAUGGGGGUGUAAGCUUCCAAAGAAAGAAGGGUAUACUUAUUGGCCGCAACUGUUCUCAUUGGUAUGUUACGUUUUAAUCUCAAUCCUGUGCAAGCCUACCAUAAUGUUCGUUAUUACACUCGAGUAAUGAUAUUGAAUCCUGGAUAAAAAUUGAAAUGCUGCAAAGGUUAAAAGUUGGAUUAAAAAAA